GCGGAAACCGGAAUUAAGCCGGUCAUGCUCUCUGUCAGACUGGCUCCCAUUCAGUCGAUGAUCUCCACCUCCAGCUUUUUCUCCACAGUCUUCUACUACAGGCUAAAAACAUGGCAGCGUGUUUAGGCAGUGUGGUGCAGCUCCUGGUAUCGUUUUGGAAGCCGAAUAUUAGAAUAAUCCGCCAGUUUUUACCAUUUUUCUUCUUUGGAGUUUCUCUAACUGGAUCAAUACUGAAGGAAUUGGACGUUGUCCCGCAGACGUACUUCAGCAGCAGCAGAAAUCUCUUAAACCUGUAUUUUGUAAAGAUCUCUUGGGGCUGGAACCUGGUUCUGCUGCUCCCGUUUCUGUUCCUCUCCAACUCCUACAACAGAACCCAUAUCUAUGUGUUGAAGCGUCUCACAGCUCUGGUGGUGGCGACGGCGAUCUGGUACAUCUGCACCGAGACGUUUUUCUACAUCGAGGACAUCACAGGGACGUGUUACGGGCAGUCUGAGUCCGUGCAGGUCGUUCGUGAAGAGUUCAGCACGAAGGCGGAGUGCAGGAGAGCCGGGUUAAUGUGGGACGGCUUUGAUAUAUCGGGUCAUUCGUUCAUUCUGGCCUAUUCUACGUUCCUUAUCGUCGAAGAGAUGGUUCCCAUGCUGCACCUGGUGCAGCACAAUCAGAAGAGGACAGCUGUGCUGGAUGCUCUGUAUGUGGCGCUCAAUGCUAUCGUGGUUAUUUGGGUAUGGAUGUUUGCCUGCACUUCUGUGUACUUCCACGAAACCAUUCACAAGAUCCUGGGAACUGGGUGUGCUGUGCUGGGAUGGUAUCUGACCUACAAGGCCUGGUACCUGAACCCGUUUUCUCCGGGGUUACCGCCGCACCACAGCGACCACAAACAACACGAAUAGGACUGAGAGCUUUACACCCACUUGUGCAGCGGAGGAACAAACUGACACUAAACUACGACACAAACUUUAACCUGGUUCACACCGUACGUCAGUCCAUCCAUCCAUCUGUCCGUGUGUCCUUUUUAUAGGCUGUUGUUUGUACUGCCGGGAUUUGUGCGCUUGUCUCUCGGAGGUUUUCAGCAGCUGCAGGUCCAAAAUUGACUCUGAUUGUAAUCUGAGAGAAAUGCUACAUGUGGUAUGCUCGUCUAAGCGUCCACACUACCUAUCUAAUCCUUUUUGCUGCCUUCUGUACGUCGGUGGUUUUAAUUGAGCUGAGUACAAGUGUGCUGCUUUAUCUACGACUACAUGUAGAUACGCUCUAGUUCACUUAUAGAAUCAGAGAGAAUCAUUUUUAUUCUUUUAUUGUAAAAUUAAAUGCUGUGUUAAGUUAUGACUCUUAUUUUUUUAUUUUUUGUCCCUUCAUUCAUCAUUCAGUUAUUGGCAUACCUGUUAUAUUUUGUUUUAAUAUAAAUUUAGAUCCAUGGCAUCAGUAUUCACACAGCAGAAUGUUAUUUAAAAAUUUUAUUGGAUAUGUUUUUUUUUAACAGAUAAGUGUAAAUAUUUGACUGAUAUUUAAAAUUGAAAAUUGAUAUUUGAUCUGUGAUCUUGAUUUGAUUGGUUUUCUGCUGACCACAUUGUAUUUAAUAUAAUAAAUUUGUAACCCUAAAAAAACUAAUAUACUUAUUUCUCUGCAAUGCUUAAUAACUUAGGUAUUUUUUUUCUCUGCCGUGUCAACUCAGCUUAGGCUAGAUUUUAUGUUUUUUUUUAAGAAAUAAGUAAAUAAAUAUAUAUAUAAGUAAAGAGUUUAUUAAGGGACCUGACAUGCUUGUAUUUUGAAUGUAUAGAGCUCAUAAAGGGCUCUAAAGUUCUCAGUUAUUAUUUUAAUAACCAUCAAAAAGGUUAUAACAAAGAGCAACAUUUGACUUACUGGCUGAAAUAAAAAGAAAAUCUCUUUUUCUUUAAUAGAUUCCUUUCUAAAUGUUUUUGAUCAAAUGAUUUCAACAAAUUUUGCUGCAUUUCUAUUUGUCCAUUUAUAAUAAAAUUCCAAUACAAUGUAAAGAACAACUUGCAGAUAUUAAGUGCAAAAAUGGCAAUACAAGGUACAGCAUUUUUUUGUGCUGCAGGAAAGGUCCAAAUAUGAUGUUUUUACUUUUGGGGGUGUUAAAGCUUAAUUUUCAUUCUAUAUUAAUAAAAUGUAUAUUUAUUAAAAAUUGCACACAGCUUUUACCAUUAUAAUUGAAGCUAUUGUUAAACAGUGCUUGUCUGCCUGUUUGCCCCUGUUCCUCUGAAAUGCUGAUUGUUCUUAUACAGGAUUUAAAAGGACUUAAGUGCCAGGAUGUUUGGCUGCUUGAAAACACUAAUAUUCCUCUGAUACGUGUUGCCAUAUCUCAUGCCAAACAUUUCGGCGCUUGAAUGACUGUACUGUGUGUACUCAUAUCUUGUAUGUAUUGAUAUGUUGAUAAUAUGCACUGUGUUCCCUGUUUUUGAUCAUUAUCUUUUAGGGAUAGUUCAUUUUUGUUCUAUUUUAAGUCAUAUGAUAUUUGAAUAUGUCGAGAAUUAAAAAUGAAGUCCAAUAA